AUUUAUUUGAUUUAUAUGUUUAAAAACUACUAUGUAUGUUCACACAUGUAAGACAAUUGAAAACAGGACCGGAUUAAUCAACAGUUGUGGUAAAAACAAUUUAGAAAAAGAUUAGUGUAAUCACAAAAUUACCAAAGAGAAUAACAUUUAAAUUAACAUGGCUAGCUCUAAACCGGACCCUGAAAACACGGAGGAUUUAAAAGAUAAGACACAAUCUGUUGAAGACCCGGAACAAAAACUUUCUGAUGGUGUAGAUGAGAAUGCUGAUCUAACAGACAAGACAAACGUUUCUACAGAAACUCCAGUAGAUACCGAAGACCCCCAGAUGGUAUGGAUGAGACGGUAUUUUGCCAAGUCAUUGGGUAUAUUGUUCGAGGAUCCCCCGGAGUGUUUACUGGACGAAGUAAGUUUUGAGGGAAUAGCUAGAUACAUUGCCAGUGACAAAUGCAACAAGAUUGUGGUCAUGACUGGUGCUGGAAUAUCUACAUCUGCAGGAAUUCCGGACUUCCGGUCCCCGAACACAGGGUGCUAUGAACAGUUGAAGAAAGAAUAUAAUAUAGAAAAUCCUCAAAAGCUGUUUGAAUACUCAUAUUUCAAGGGCAAUCCGGAGCCAUAUUAUAAAUACAGAAAAGACAUAUGGAAAGGAACUUACAAGCCAACACCUUGUCAUUACUUCAUUCGAAUGCUGGAGAACAAAAACAAACUACUCCGCCAUUUCACACAGAACAUCGAUGGCUUGGAAAUGUUAGCAGGUAUAAGUGAGGACAAACUUAUUCAGGCGCACGGUACAAUUAACCACUCUUACUGCAUGGAUUGCGGACAAACAUACACACAGAAAUGGGUUAGAGACAAAAUCUAUGGACCAGAGGGCCCUGUUCCAAGAUGUGCUAACGAAUCGUGUCGAGGAAUUGUUAGACCGAAAAUUGUUAUGUUUGGAGAGAAUUUGCCAGAACGAUUUGCAGAGCAUUUAUCUGAUAUUGAUGACUGUGAUAUGUUGUUGAUCAUGGGAACAUCUCUAGCUGUUAGACCGUUUUCUAAUCUACCUAUCAGAACCAAAGAUAAUGUGCCAAGACUUUUUAUCAACCUUGAAAGUAUACGAGUGGCAAAGCAUCCAAUAUCUGCGUUAUUUUUUGGUGGAGGGUUCGAUUUUGAAAAUGAGGACAACAUAAGAGAUGUAUUCUGGAAAGGAAAGUGUGACGAAGGCUGCUUUGCCCUGGCAGAUAUUAUGGGUUGGGGAGAUGAACUUAGAAAAUUGGUGAAAGAAGAGCAUGCAGUAAUUAACAAAGAACUUGGAAUAACAGAUGAAACAGGCGUAAUAGACAAGACGACUGAAAAUACUGGAUCUACAUCUACAAAGAAGCCUGCACGAUUAGGUUCAAAUACACAAGACGUGAAACGUGUCCAAACUCCACAAAGACAGUCGGUACAUAAUCGAGCAUCUAAAAUAUCACAGGGACCUAGUGAUCAGGCGAUGAAACCUGUAACAAAAGACAAACGGGGGGUUCCCAGUGGCACAACACAAAGGAAGACUUCUACAACACCAGCACUGAAUCUCAACAAAAGUGUUUGUAACACGGGGAAUUCCAAGAAGUGAACUAGAUACCAGUUCUUUCAAGGACUGAAAAGCCACGUGGUGCCAAUACGUGUUUUAUAGAAACUUAUAUUUUACACGAAUUAUUAUAUAUCAGGUAUUUUAACGUGAAUCAAACAACAAAAUUCUUGUACAUUGAAUAUAUUAUCUACCAUGGAAACAACAAUGUUUUAUCUUUUCUAUUGUUGGUAGAUGUUUGACUCUGUUACUAUUUACAGUGUAUGUUUGUUAAAAGUAUUUUUGUAUAUCUUCUCUAUGGUGCAAUAUUAUAAUUAUUGUCUGUACAUUUUGGGAAGUUAUAAAUUGUUAUGAGAUUGAUUUAACCUAUUUAUUAAACUUGUAUAUUAAAUAUGACUUGACUUUACCAAGUUUUGGCAAACGUUUACAAAAUGAACCUAGCUUUCAGAUAACUAGUUCGGU